UCACAGACAUCAGCAAGGAGAGAUCAUGGAGAAUUCAGCUCACAGUUCUUGGUGUGUUGAGCUCUGCAGACCUGAGGGGCGAAUCCCAUCCAGUAAAGCGGCCUCUGCUGUGGUCCAUCACCUCCUGAGAUUUGGAGUUGUGCUUCUCGUCGCUGCAGCCGUUUAUAUGCUGUGUGCUUCUUUCUACCUCUGGAAAGCCGGUGACAAAAACGUUUACAACGUUCGUUACAGCGUGAACGUCAACGGGGAGGUGAGGGGGGGCUCUGUGGAAAUCGAUUCUGACAACAAUCUGGGGAGGUUUGAAACUACCGGCAGUGCUGGGAAAAGUGUGGAGAUUCAUGACUUUCAAAUUGGAAUAACUGGAAUCCGCUUCUUUGGAGGAGACAAGUGCUUUAUAAAAUCCCUUAUCAAAGCAAACCUUCCACACAUGAGAGCUCACAACAAAGAGACGCAGAUGUUUGACCUGACUGAUGAAUUAAUGCCAGUGAGGUUCGACGAUGAGUUCCUCAUAUGGGUUGCAGAAGAGAAACCGGUGAAGAAUGUCACGUUUCUGACAAGCAAAAUUCUGGAUUUUUGUGGAGAUCUUCCUGUUUUCUGGCUGCAGUCUGUGUAUCUCAAAGAUGGGGAGAGGAAAGAGAGAGGCGCACGGCGAGCCAAACGGCAGUUAGGCAUGGAGGAGAUCAAGGCGGAUGCUGAGGAGAGUACCGCGGCGGCAAGAGUUUUGGACGAAGAAGAAGAGUCAGCUGCAGGGUCAGCGUACAAUCCCGAAAACCCUUUCCAUCGCAGCGGAGACAGCAAAGACGAGAGCGCCCUGACCUUUGACAGCAUUUUGGACCGCCAGGGAAUCUGCUGCUCGGAAUGCCAACGCAGUUACACACACUGUCAGCGAGUGUGUGAGCCUCUGCGCGGCUAUUGGCCGUGGCCCUACAACUACAGAGGGUGCCAGGUAGCCUGUCGAGUCAUUAUGCCAUGCCGCUGGUGGGUGGCUCGAAUUAUGGGUGUUGUUUAAUGCACCAAUCUCUUUAUCUGGAAGGAGACAUUUGUUUGUGUUUUUCUUUUCCCAUACGAAGAUCCUUACAGACGUCAAACCUGUUUCAGAUGUCUCAGAAAACGUUCAUUUAGUUCAGACCAGAAUGAUAAUGGCUACUUUGAGCAAGGUAAAAACUAAACAGAAAAAGAAAGCAAAUGCAUCGUUGGUGCUAGCUGCUGCAGCCGCAGGCUCUUCCUGUGGGAAUUUCAUCAAAUUCCUGCCAAAAUGACUUUGUGAUUGGAAACCGUCAAAAGAAUAAAGAUUAAUAAAAUAGCUGUCACAUAAAAUGCUAAGGAUUUUAGUGAUUGGAGUUGUUUUAAGAUGACAAAAUGCACUUUGUUUUGGCUGGUCGUUAGCUUGUCAGUCUUGUAUUGUAAACUAUUUUUCUUCCAGCUUUUACUCAGUGCACACAUGGAGUUCCAAGGUUAAUGCUGCCAUAAUGCCAGGCCUGAUGAUGAGUAGAUUGUGGACUGGUAAUAAAAUUAUCCUGACUCUUAUAAAUCGUCUGGUUUGCUUGUUUUUUUUCUUUCUAUAUUGAAACUAGAAUACAAAAGUGCUGGUAGGAUGUUGAGUAGGAAGCUUGGGACUAAGGCCCUGUCCACACGUAGAUAUUUUUCUACGUUUUGGCCUGUCAUUCACACGAAAACUGAGUUUUUUCACACAAAAACGGAUCUUUUAAAAAUCUCCGGCCAAAGUGAAGAUCUGCGUUUUCUCCGUUUUGGGUGUCUGCGUGUGGACAGACAAAACCGGAGUUUUAAGCUCCACAACGUCACUUUCCACGACAAAAAAAAUGCUGACAUCACGUGUGCGACCUGUGUUUACACUAGCCGACAGCAUGGAUGCCCUCAGAGCUGCGCUCACUUUAUCAAUUAACCAAGCGCUUUUUGCUUGUUUGUUUUUGCAAGCGGAAUUACUGCUCCUUGCAGAAGACCACAGACGAAGGACGAGGUUAAGAACGGGGGAAGUACUGCCGACUACAGGUCUGGCAUGUCCUUAACAACGUAUUUAUCCGGGUACGUGUAGACAGAGUUUUUUUUUCUUUAAACGAGGUGGUGUGGAUGCAAGUUUUUGGAGGGGCGGAUAUUCGUUUAAAAAAAAACCCGGCUACGUGUGGACUAGGCCUAAAUCCAAAGACGCAGCAGAUCGUGUACCUUCUCUUACUGAACCAGCUUCAAUAAAUUCUAAUUAGUGUCAGCUGGCUUUGAUGUUUUUCUUGUCACAUGUUUCCAUGGUUUCACUGGGUGUUUUAUUUUAUUUUUCUUAAUUUUUUUUUUUUUUUCUACUUUGACAAAGCUGAAGUGACAGCAACAGUUGCCGUAACUUCCAUUCACA